AAGCCUGGGAGUGGCCGGAAGGAGGACCGCCAGACGAGAGAGGAGAACAGAGAGGAGGAGGUGGACCAGCUGUACACGAAUCAGGAUUUUUUUUCCAGAUUAUUUCCCCAGCAUCCUUCCAUUUACGGCAGCAGCAUGGCCGAGGGCUCAGUGUCAGAGGUGGAGACCUCCUUCCAGAAGUUUGCUGUCCACGGGGACAGCAAGGCCACGGGGAAGGAGAUGAACGGCAAGAACUUUGUCAAGCUCUGCAAAGACUGCCACAUCAUUGACGGGAAGAGCGUCACUUCCACAGACGUUGACAUAGUUUUCAGCAAAGUCAAGGAAAAGUCAGCUCGUGUAAUUACAUUUGAGCAAUUCAACCUGGCCCUGACUGAAUUGGCUCCUAAGCGCUUUAAAGGCAAAAGCACGGAGGAGGCGCUUGAGAAGCUCUAUGCUCUCGUCGUUGGGAGGGGGCCUUCCAAUGCUGGAGUCACAAAAGUGGCAAAGGCAGCAGCAGUGGACAGACUGACUGAUACCACCAAAUACACGGGAUCACAUAAGGAGCGGUUCGACGACUCUGGCAAAGGAAAAGGGAAGGCCGGGCGCGAGGACGCCGCAGACGCGAGUGGUUACGUGUCAUCUUACAAGGGCAGCGGCACGUACGAUGAGAAAGUGAAGGAAGCAUAACCCUGCUGACAGAUUAUGAGAACUUGAAAUAAUUGGCUACUGUAUUUAUAGAAAUGAAAGUAAUAUACAUACUGAAUGUAUUGUUAGCAUAUUUGGAACACUUUGAGGCUAUUCCACAAAAAUGAUACAAUUGGAGUUUAAAGGUUUUCAUGAAUAACAGUAUAACUGAAUAUAAUUAAAAGAUAAUGAAUAUAUAUAUUUACCUGUUGUAACAGCUAAUAAUCUUACAGAGACCAAAAGAUUAAACUGCACUUAUAGCCGAGCAAGCUUUGUAGGAACCAGCUCUGCUGUGUGUUAUAGCUUUAAACUGUGCCUAUAUUGAGUUAGCCGCCAGCGUGAAUGCUCUGUUGUAAUGUGUCGCUAUGCUCAGCUAAGUUGAUGCAACGGGUGAACAUUUAGCUUGUUUCAAGAAAUGACACUGUGGUCACUCGUCACCUGCGUAUGGCUUUAUAUUUCAGUGCCUUUUGCUACAUGGUCAAUAAGCCUUUAUUACUCUUGUCAUGAGAUUUAUUCAUAUGAUUUAAUCAUAUUACAUUAUGUAGAGAAAUGCAAAAAGCAGUGAAGAACACUAAACUGUACUGAUGAAGCGAAUAUAUAUAUAUGUGGGAUAUUUAUUAUUUAUUUAUUCCUACCUUAGAUGCUUCUUACUUUAUCUGAACAGAUAGAAGUCGAUUUAUGUCUAUGAUAUAUGUAUGUACAUGUACGUGAUAUGAUAUAUGCAGAAACUCAAAUCUUAUAUAUCUAUAACUGACAACGGUCUGGAUUCUUUCACAAAAUUAGUCGAAUUAGAUGAGAUAAUUGGGUACAUGUAGCAACAAAUUGUCAUGUAUAUGUUUUCAAUGAAUAGCUAUUCAAAACAAUGCAGGUUAUGUCUUCCAACAUGAAAACCUCAGAAGAAACUGCCUGGAUAGAGUUUCACAACAUUUAACACUGCUUAUCGUGUGGUGCUUAUGUUUAAAGAUAGCUUUCCUCUUCUAUUCCUCACUACAGGCCCGAUAAGGAUCACUUGAGUUUUGUGUGACGACUGGUGUUAAAUUUCAUCCUGCUGAGCCUGUAUUCGGUGUAUUGUCAUGCUCAAGUCGAAAUUUACUAUAAUCACAGAGAUGUCAUACACAUAGUGGGGGAAUAAUUCUAUAAAUAAAAGGUACAAAGUGGAA